ACCGUAUCAUUCAGUUUCACUGGCUUCUCAAAUACACUGACAUUUAGAGUAACGGCAUGUCUCGUGUUGACGAGGAAACGUUGUCGUCCCUCAAGGAUCUGAAGAAGGCAGUCCGCUCUGAGGAAUUUGAAAGUGCAGUUGCUGUCUGUGAGUCUCUCCUUCAGAAUCCGACGAUCUCGGGAGACGAGGCUCUGGUGUCUUGCGUUUACGAAGCGUACACAAAGAGCCUAUUGCAUCUCGAAAAGUAUGAAAAAAUACUGUCUGAAAUAGAGAAAGCAUCUCCCGUUGUCCGCGCCCAACUGCACGCCGUUCAUGUCUACGCACUCUAUCGAUUGCAGCGCUACGCGCAAGCACGUGAUAAAUGCAAGGACGUAACGGAUGUGGACAUAUCUUUGGUUUAUGCGCAAUCGCUCUACCAUCUAUCCGAAACCGCGGCGGCAGUUGAGGUGUACCGACAGCUGUUGGAAGAAUGCGAGGACGACGCGGAACGAAAAAUGCAGAUUUAUACCAACAUGGUUGGGAUCGUAGCUGCCAAUGCGACUCCCUACGUGCGCUCGGAAACGGUUAACAAUCUUUUGAAGAUAGAGGAGAUCCAAUCGUUUGUGGAGACUUCAAAGGAAUAUCCUUACGAUCUUGUUAACAACUGGGCGACUUGGGAACUGGUUACCGACGGAUCCCGAACGCAGCGUUGGAAGGAUAUGUUGCUUAAAGCUCAAAAUGCUUGCCAAGAGGCUUGCGAGGCAGAUGGUCUGACCGAUACUGAAACUCAGAAAGAAUUGGCAAGUAUUGCGGUGAAUCAGCAAUGGAUUCGCCAGCUUUGGAACGGUAUUGUUGCCCCACACUCGAUACCGAGCGAACUGGCUUCGGUGCAACUAGUACAGGAUUUGAAUCGCGUUCUAGCCAUGCCAAAUCCAGCUGAUGCUAUCAAAAAAUUUCGAGAAGAUUCCUUGUCAAGUAUGACAGCCCUGCAGCAACGCCUGAUAAACUAUAAUCGAGCGGCGCUGGCUUUGCAGGCCAAUGAAUUGGAACUCUGUCGAAGUGCAUGCGAUUCACUUGCAAUGUCUGUCACAGCUGUCUCAAAAAGCAAAAAGAAGCGACAACAGACAAGUAAUGAUGAUUCUCAUGUGCUUUACCAACCAACUGUUUCCGAGGAAGAGGCUGCUUGGUGGACGAGCAGAGUCUGCGUUUUACGAGCACAUGCAGCUAAGCUCGAAGGCAAGAUUGAUUCUGCUGGCAAGGAAAUGGACAUCGCAAUACAAUUGCUGGAACAGAUUCCAACCUCGACUGUACGAGACCAUGCUCUCUGCUAUGUAAUACUCCACAAGGAAGCACUGCACGGUGCCCCGCAGGAUGCGAAACAAACCAUCGCACUCCUCAACUCGCUGCCGGACUCAAUUCGAUCCAGUCGGGCGGUCAUUGCUACACUCGCUUCGAUUUACCAACGCCAAGGAUUUCCUAAGGAAGCCGAGAGUCUUUUGCGUGAAACAGGGGACAACCAAAUUUUCGCCGACUUUGCCAUGGCGGAAGGAAACUAUACAAAAGCUGCCGAAUUGUACGAAGCAACUGUUAAAGACAGCCACGAUCCGAUUGCUACUGCUCGAUGGGUGCAAGCGUUAUCACACAUUGACCCAGAGCGUGCUUUAAAGCUGUGGUCCGAAACAAAAGUGAAUAUCGAACACGACGACGAGGUCGCGGCUAACGGUGCCGAAUUGGAAGAACAGGAGUUGCCCCGGCUCAAGAAGAAGAUAAACACAUCCGAUUUUUUGGAGGCUCCGGUCAACGACAAGCAGAGACGAAGUCGCGAAUCUGUCUUACGACAAAGAGGAAAGCGUAGGGAGCAAUAUCUAGAAGAACUUGAAAAGAAAGGCCUGUACCGUAGGGAUCCCCCCACCAAGCCAGACCCUGAGCGCUGGCUACCAAAAUACGAACGUUCGUACGCGCGCCGAAGACGAAAUCGUGGUGGUGCACACAAGGGUGCACAAGGAGGCGUUUCCGAAAAGGAUGCUGCUAAGCUGGACGUAGUGGCUCGCCAAGCAGCUCGUGCGGCUGGACAAGUCGAUGUAAGCGGACCCAGCACGGCACAUAUUAAAGUUUCGUCGGGGAAAAGUGGGCGGCGUCGCUGA